AUGCACCAACGAUUCCAAGAAACUGACAACUAUUAUAUGAGAAGCUAAGCUAGCUUGCUCUUUUCAUGGAAUGAGCAUUUUCUGCUACCUACAUUGAGGUUGUGCUCCUGGAAUAUUGAUGGAUAACAACCCUAGUUCAUCCAGAGUUGAUAGAAAAGUCAUUGAGAGGAAUAGAAGAAAUCAAAUGAGAACACUCUACCGCAAGCUCAACUCACUGGUGCUUCAUCAAACCUCAAAGGAGGCAAUUUCACUACCAGAUCAGCUAGAGGAAGCCACAAACUACAUAAAAAGAUUACAGGUGAACCUAGAGAAAAUGAAGGAAAAGAAGAACACCCUGUUGGGAAUUGAGAGGCCUAAUGUGAUGAGUUUGAAAGAAGGCCCGAGCAUGGGGUUAAAAUCUCCAAAAAUUGAGAUACAACAAAUGGGUUCAGCCUUAGAUGUUGUUCUGAUAACUGGGUCGGAUUGUCAGUUCAUGUUCAAUGAGACAAUUCGCGUUCUUCAUGAAGAAGGAGUAGAUGUUGUUAAUGCAAGUUAUAAAGUCAUUGAAGGUUCUGCUUUCCAUUCAAUACACUGCCUGGUGACAGGAUCUGCCAAUGUUGCUGAGAGGAUUUCUGAACGACUAAACAAGUUUAUAUAUGGUUCUAGCUAUAUUACCUUUUGAUUUCUUUUGUCACAAUAUUGUAUUUUUGAUAGCAUGUUUUGAUGA